CAGGAGCUGGCAGCAGCGCAGCAGUUUGCUGCUUAUGGUCUUGCUGCUGUCCGCUUCCUGCUGCUCCCGCUGCUGCACGACCGCGCUACAGCAGCAGCAGCAGCAGCGCUCUACGCCCAAGCCGCAGCAGCAGCAAGCAUUGGCGGCGAGGAGGUCGCUGCUGCAGCCAAGGCCUUCGCCCAGCCCGACCCCAAAGACCCAGACGCAGCAGCAGCAGCAGCAGCACCAGCAGCAGCACCAGCAGCAGCAGCAGGAGGCUGGGCCGCCUGCCUGGGGCCCCUCGACGAGCUCAAGGCCCUCCCAGCCGACUUCUUGGGGCCCCUCACAGAGCAGGAGGACCCCCCCUCCCACACUGCAGCAGCAGCAGCAGCAGCAGCAGCAGAGGAGAGCAGCAGCAAAACCCGCGCGAGGCUCGCCAGGGCCCUCAAGCUUAUCCGGCUGCUGGCCAAAGCAGCAGCAGCGCAGCAGCCAGACGAAAGGCCCCGGCGGAUUCCAAUGUGGGGUGUUGUAACUCCUUACGAGCAGCUGCCUGCUGCUGAAGGCCCCAUCGCCAGCAGCAGCAGCAGCAGCAGCAGCAGCUGCAGCACGGUGUCGCCCUUCCGAGCAGCGGCACUCAUUGAAAACUUGGCUUCGCUGCUGCUGCUGGUGGCGCAGACGCAGCUGCCGCUGCCGGACGGGCCUUUGCUGCCUGCGCACAUCGCAGCAGCCGCAGCCCCAGCAGCACCAGCAGCAGCAGCAGCAGCAGCAGGAGACACGGGAGAGGAAGCCAAGCUGCAGCUGCGCUUCCUUAAAGCAGCAAGGCAGCUGCUGCUGCGGCCCUUCACUGCCUGGAUUUUCGAAGCAGGAAAAAUCAGCAAAGACGGCGGGGGGCCCCACAGCAGCGGCUUCGAGGCUGAGGGCAUUGAGGGAGUCUGCAGCGCGUGGGGCUGCCGCGUUGCUGCUCGUCGUGGGCGUGUGGGGGUGUGGGGUUGGCAGCAGCAGCUGCUGCUGCUCGUGCUGCAGCUCGCGCUGCACCACUACGCCGAGUCCCGCCGCCUGGCGCAGCAAAUUCUGCGCGAAGCCUUCUCUGUUUACAUGGGGAUCCGAUCCCCGAUUUUGCUGCUGACGCUGCAGCUGCUGGAGGCCAGCACGGAGCAGCCGCAGCAGCAGCAGCAGCAGCAGCAGCAGCAGAAGCAGCCGCAAAAACAGCAGGAACUCCUGCCGCCUGAAACUUACAAGCAGCAGGCAGCGUGUUGCCGUCUUCGCUGGAGGCGACGCCGCGUUUCCCGGCGCCGCUGUCGCCGUCAAGCAGCAGCAGCAGCAGCAGCAGCAGCAGCAGCAGCGGGGCGGAGGCACUGCAGCACGCGCGUCUGA